AAUUUGCAUCAUUCAUAAUGUAUGUUAUGUUUGUUGUUGGCUGUCAUAAACGCGCGUGGUGUUUCUUCUUUUUUUUGCCAAUUUGCGGAUCAAAUUUAAUUUUUGAUGAUUAAAAUUGAUUAAAAACAAAUAACAUGGCAUCGAUUGAUUUUUUUACAUUCGAAGAAAUACGUAAUCAACUUGAUCCAAUUAUUAUUGAAAAUGAUCGUGUAAAAAAACAUAAAUAUGUAUUACCGGGUGAUUGUAUUACAACGGAUAAUAAUUUUAUGCGUGGACAUGGUACAUUUCAUGAUGAUUUUCUUGAAGAAGAUGAUUCAAUCAACGAUAAUGAUAAUAAUAACGAUGGUAAUGAUGAUAAUGUCACAAUGAUUGAAAAACGUUUAGUAUCAUCAUUGGCCGGUAUUGUUGAACCAAUUAAUCGAUUAAUUUCAGUUCGUCCACUUCGUACUCGUUAUGUGGGUGCUAUUGGUGAUGUUAUUGUUGGACGUAUUAUUGAUGUACAACAAAAACGUUGGAAAGUUGAAACAAAUUCUCGAUUAAGUUCAAUAUUACAACUUUCAAGUGUAAAUCUACCGGGCGGUGAAUUACGACGUCGAACCAGUGAAGAUGAAUUAUUGAUGCGUAAUUAUCUAACAAAUGGUGAUCUAAUUUGUGCCGAAGUUCAAACAAUUUAUGAUGAUGGUUCAUUAGGACUUUAUACACGAAGUUUAAAAUAUGGAAAAUUAGGACAAGGAUUGGUUGUACAAGUAUCACCAUCAAUGAUUGCUAAACGAAAAAUUCAUACACAUAAUCUACCAUGUGGAAUAUAUCUUGUUCUCGGUAAUAAUGGAUUAAUAUUUAUAUCGAUUUCAACAUCAACAAGUUCCAAUUCAGGUGGAUUUAUACUCGAUAAAACUUGUAUACCAUAUGAACAACGUGAAAAAAUUUCUCGUUUACGUAAUUGUAUUAUGGCAUUAUCAACAAAUAAAAUUAUGUUAGAUUAUAGUUCAAUAAUUGCUUCAUUUGAAAUAUCGGAAAAAUUAGAACUCGAUAUUGUUGAUAUAAUGAAACCAAAUUUUUCCCGAAUUAUUGCCGAUCAAACACGUAUUCAUUUGCUACAAUCUAAUCUGAUACAGAUUUGAUUUUUUGUUUUUUUUUUGUUUUUUGAUUUUUGAAA